UCUCGUCACAUUGGCCUUGCGUUGGCUGAGUUGCGUUGCGUUUGGUGAUCUUGGUCUUGGCCUGCUGUUCCACGUUCGCCAGGUUUAUUUGGCUGGUGAAAUCGAUCGAAGAAGCACGCGCGCGCUCUCGCCCACGUUUUUUCGUUCCGGGUUGUGUGGUUUUAGUAGGCUGUCAUUCGCGCGUUCCGGGCCAUCUCUCCCUCUCUCUCUUUCGUGGCAUUUGGACGUUCCGCCGCGAACCUAAGGUUGCGUGUGUGUUGCGUGCGGACUGUCACGUGUUUGUAUUAGUGGACCAUCACCACCCCAGCAGGAGCCGGAAGUGACUACGUGACAUUUGGCAACGGGAUUAACUGUGAUUGACAGAGAAAUCGGCUGAUUAAUUCCGGUGGCUUUUAAUGACGUGUAUUUGAGUGGAUGCUGCGGUCUUUAUUGUGUUGUUGAUGUUGGUGGUAUUUUUGUUUGUUUCCGAAGAAAUUCGGUGAAGAAAUUUGCAGAAACGACGAGUUUUGCAUGGCAGGAGCCAGCUGCAACUUGCCCAUGGUUGAGUGUUCAAUGUGAAAGGAUUGGAGAGAAAUCUUGACGAGUUGUGAAACGUUACGAUCCGGAGGAUUGGUGUGUGAGUGUUUGCGCAGACAAAAGUGAAUGUUGUAAUUGGAAAUCUCCGAAUGAGUGGACGGAUUUAGUCAUCAUUCAAUAAUUAUUGUCAUAAAAGCAGUUUUGGAAGUGUAUCAUCGUUGCGAAAUUAUAAUCAUCUUAGCACCAAAACGCCGGCAUCGUUAAACGGACUACAAAAUGAGAUGAUUUUCCCAGGUCAAACACCAAAAGCAUCGAGCAACACCACACAAAUGACAGCAAGUCGCAGCAGCAUUAACUCACGAGUGCCAGAAAUUGUCCGUCACCAAUCAUCAAACGGCUCAACUCAAUGAGUGCUCAGAUCAACCAGCUAGAUCUGUCCGAAUCCAAUGUGAGUCUACACGUGUCCCACUCAACUUCGAAGGACGCUGUUAGCCAACCGACACUGUAACCACCCGUCGCCAAUCAAUUUCGAAAGCCAUUUCCUGGCCAAAGUGCAUUCCAGUGCAUCCCGUUUGGUCACAAAACCCCUCACCAUGGAACGCCGACGACAAAGGAUACCGGUCAGUUUGGACGGUUUCGUCGUGGCCUCGAUUGUGCUGCUAGCCGCCAUUGCCAUUCAACCAUCGAACUGUGAACAAACCAGCACACAGUCCAACAGCUCCCAGGAAGUCCCCCCACAAACCAGCCCCGAAAGCAGUCCGACGACGGCGGACCUGUCGUCAAAUCAAACGAUGAGCGAGCUGCAGGAGCUCACCGAUGUCCUGUCGACGUACGUAAACGAGGCGUUGGAUCGAAACUUCAAGGAAAUCAUCGGUGGCCUUACCACCAAAGUGGUCGCGCUGUCCCCCACGAACGUGUCCAUUACGGCGGACGUCCGCGGACUGGACGCCCUCGGGCUGUCCGAGUUUGAUAGGAAAAUUUUGCGCGGCUUGGCGCGGCUAAUUGACCGCCGGCUGCUGGCCGGCAACACGAUGGCCCGGGCCGUGCAGACGGGGCGGUUGUUUUUCUUCAAAGGUCUGAAGAAAAUCGUCUGGCCGCUGCUCUUUGGACUGCAAAUAGUGAAAACGGUGCUGCUGGUGCUGUUCCUGCCCAGUAUCAUCGGAUCGCUGGGUAAAAUCGUCGGCAAAGGGCUUGGUUCGGUGUCCGGGCUGUCCCAUCCGGCCGCCACCGUCGAGGAUUUGGACUUCAAGGACAACUCGUACAACUCGGACCAGGACUUCCAGAUGAACAUGGAGAACAACGCCUAUCUGCCGCCGCUGGACUCGCACCCGUCCGGCACCAGCUACAACCUGAUGUACGACGCCAACAACGGCGCCCUGUCGCGGCUGGGCUUCGGCGGCGGCCGCGUCACGUACGUCAACUCGCCGAACGACCGGCAGCAGAAGCGCAACGACUUCAAGAUCUUCCACGACAUCCCGAGCAGCAGCCUGCUGCUGACGAACUACGACCCGUUCUACAGCCCGCUGCUGUCGCGGUUGGACGCCGUGUUCGCCCAGAUGGGCCUGUCCAGCAAGGAGGAGGCCUGCCGGGAGAAGCUGGUCUGCCUGAUGUACGCGAACCCGGCCAAGUACGCGCCGUACAGCAACCUCAUUUCGGCGCAGCUGAGCAGGGAACUGAACGAGCUGCGCAAGCCCACCAACGACAACCCGGACAUUCUGCGGUUCUUCAAGUACAUGCGGUCCGCCAAGGACGGCCAGGACGGCGUCGACUGCGAGCGGUCGUACAAGGAGUGCUCCGGCUACAAGGACCUCUCGAACCCCGCCAUGGUGACGACGUUCAACGACAUCAACAAGCUGGUCCUGGCCCGGAAGCUCUAGGGAGGAGAAGGGACAGAUCGGAAAGAAACACAAAGUUGGAUUUCAGGUAGCAAACGCAAAAGCAAUCAGUCGUCGACGUCGAGUCGAGUAGCAGCAGUAGAGUUUACUUAGUUAGCAAGCAAAUGUAGUUAGUGCGAACGAAAUGAAUCUCUUUGCCUGUGGUGCGGGGAUUAUCCUGUGGUAAGAAAAGUCUUUUCAAUUCCCGGCCUCCGCGCACCUGAGAAGGGAGAAGUUUCUUCCGGAAGCCCGGAAGGAAGCAGUGUAAUUGUUAGUUUAACGCUUGUUGAAAGUACGAGUGCCUUCCGGGAAAUUCGGGAAGGCACCGAUAGCAACUUUUCGACUUUAGUCUUUGGAUGGUUUCUUUGUAAAGAAGAAAAUCAAAGAAAGCAACGGUUAGGUUUAAUCUUAAGCUGCUACACCUAUCAUUGUGGGGGAAAAAGUAAUUUUAGUUGGAUGAAAUGUGCCUGUAAUUAUGUAUGUUUUAGUUGUAACUGCUUGUCCUAUCUCUUAAAUAAUUUAUUUAUUUAUUUAAAUAUUUAUUUAUUUAUUUCACUAGAAAGUCAACUGUCUAACUGAAGAUAGACACACGAACGGAAAGUAAUCCGUUACCGAAUUAGGUCAUAGGA